CUGUGGAUUGUAAGGAUCUCCUCGACAAGGGGAAGGAUCAAUCAGGCGUGUACACAAUUUAUCCUUAUGGCACCAUUUUAAGACCCGUCAGCGCCCUCUGCGACAUGGAAACACAGGGUGGGGGCUGGACAGUUAUCCAGAAAAGAAAUCGAGAUGAAAACCUUAGCUUUGAUAGAACAUGGGAAGAAUAUAAAAACGGUUUCGGAACACCACCAGGAGAUGUCUGGAUAGGAAAUGACGUUAUCAAUCAAUUGACAAAGGGAAAUGACUCAUCUCUAUAUGUAUCCAUAACUCAAGAAGAUAAAGGAACUGCGUAUGAAUUGUAUGGUCGGUUCUCUGUUUCUGAUGAAACAGAUAAAUACAGACUCUAUCUCGGAGGACCGGCCACAGGAACAUUAGAAUUGACUGUCAACUCCCAUCACGUGACUGGGCUGUUUGUUUCAGCAGAAAGCGAUGGCAAUAGAGUAGCAUCAACAGAUGUCGCUGUGGUACAGUUGAAGGAAGGGGAUGAAAUACACAUUUGUUCAUCACCAGGUGUCAAUGUCAGUGCAAAAAUACACAGUGCGCGCUGA